UUCACAGUCCUCACCAAAAUUCUCUCAACAUUUCGCCUGUUGUGGAGCUCAUUUUCCCCGUUCUCUACGAUCAAUCCAGAAAACCCUAAUCAAAGAGAAAGAGAGAGAUCGAUGGCUCCGAAAUCGAUCUCAAGUCCGGUCCCUGAUGCAUCGUACUCAACCCUAGCUGUUUUCAUGCUCACUUUUGGCCUUGUGGUCACUGCUUCCUUCUUCGUCUAUGAAGCAACUUCUUCCAGACAAAACCGUAGUCUUGCCAAGCAGCUUAUCGCUGGAGCAGUGGCAUCUGUUUUCCUGGGUUUCGGAUCAUUGUUCUUGCUACUUUCGGCUGGUGUUUACGUCUGAUUUCUAGAUAUCAAGCUUUUUACGAAAUUUUGCUAUGCAUAAUUCCCACAAAUGAAGAAUGACUUUUUUUGUCGUUGUUACUUGAGGUUUGCUGUUGUUAACAAUAAUAAUAUAUCUCUCUAUCUUUUAUAGUGUGAUGAGGUUGCCUUCAAAAACAUACGUAUCUAUUUAAUAGCUCAGGCGAAAUUGGUUUGAUGUUGGAGAAGAAAAGCAAUCCUCUAGUUGAUCUGGAAUGCAUUGAAUUGAAGGUCAAUUGCUAGUAGGCCACCUCUUGGAAGUAAAGGCGGAAAUGACCACUGAGAAUGGAGAGAAUGGAAAAUGGAGGUAGGAGCGAAGACUGUCUGCUAGUAUAUAUUAUUUAAAACCCCUACAUGUAGAAUUUAAAAUAAAAAUAAAAUGCAGUG